AUGAUAACUUAUUCAAAUAAUCACCUAAGAUAUUAAAAGAUUUAAAUUCAAGCUAAAUGUACAAAUCUAAAAUUUAAGAUGUCCAGAGUUACAGUUAAAGAAAAAAUAGUGUUAAUAAAAGUAUAUUAAACUUAAACGAUGUUGAUAACCCAAAUUAAAAGAAAUAAAAUUUAAAGAUUUUAGAAUUUGAUAAUACAUUAUAGUAAUUCCCUAUAAUUUUUGACUAAAAUAUAGAGAAUGAGGAGAGAAAAAAAAUAAUAAAUUAAGUAAAUCAGAAUUAAAAAAAUAAUCAGAAAUUUAAUAAUAAAUUUAAUCAAAUCUAAUAUAAUUAUUAAGAGUAACAUUAAAACUAAGAAGAUUUUAAAUUGA